GCCGCUGUCGGCGGUGGCCGGCUGGAUGCGGCCGCGGUCGCUGCUGGAGCGCCUGCGGGGCGCCGAACCGCCAGACUACCGCAUCGACGAGUUCGGCUUCCGCGUCGAGGAGGAGGACGGCCCCGAGCAGAGCAGCAGCAAGCUGCUCAGCACGCCGUUCGCCGAGAGUCCGAAGCACAGGCUGCAGUGGAUCGCCCACCUGGAGUUCAGCCACAGCUCGGAGACGGCGCCGCUGUCGUGGGAGCACAUGCCGCCGGUGCUACCCAGGACGGACAAGCUGCGGGCCAUGGUGCGCCGGGGCGUGCCGCACUCCCUCCGGCCUCAGAUCUGGCUGAGGAUGUCAGGUGCACUGCAGAAGAAGCUCCAGUCGGACAUGACAUAUGCCGAGAUGGUGAAGGUGUCUGCUUGCGAAGCACUCAUGUGCAACCGCCAGAUCGAGAAGGACCUCCUGCGCACGAUGCCAUCUAACGUGUGUUUUUCGCACUUGAAUUCGCCGGGCGUGCCGAGGCUCCGUAGGGUGCUGCGGGCGCUGGCCUGGCUGUACCCGGAUAUCGGCUACUGUCAAGGCAUGGGUGUCAUCGUGGCCAGCCUGCUGCUCUUCCUGGAGGAGGAGGACGUGUUCUGGCUGACGUCGGCUGUAGUGGAGGAUCUGCUGCCUGCCUCCUACUACUCCUCCACCCUGAUCGGGAUCCAGGCGGACCAGCGGGUGCUCUCGGCGCUGAUCGCCACCUACCUGCCGGACCUGAACGCCCUGCUGGAGCAGCACGACAUCGAGCUCUCGCUCAUCACGCUCAACUGGUUCCUGACCGUGUUCGCGUCGGUGCUGCACGUGCGCAUCUUGCUGCGCGUCUGGGACCUCUUCUUCUACCACGGCGCCAUCGUGAUCUUCCAGGUGGCGCUCGGCAUGCUGCGGAUGAGAGAAUCGGAGCUUUGUAAGCUGGACAACUCGGCAGACAUUUUCAACGCGCUGUCGGACAUCCCUGGGACGAUUGAUGACGUCGAAGCGCUGCUGGAGGUCUCGUUCCACGUGAGCUCGUCGCUGACGGAGGUGGUGGUGGAGUCGCACAGGCGGCGCCACCUGGCGCUCGUCAUGACAGACCAGGGUGCGCUGUCCGGCAGCCCCAGCCGCUCCGUCAGCCUGCCCAAACAGCAGGUCAACAGGCGGCAGAUGCGACGCAGCAAGUCCAUGAUCUCGGUCAUCCUGUUCGGUGACGAAACGUCCGCGGACGACGCCAAGACCAAGAACGUGCGACAGACAGAGAUUCUGGUGGACCUGCGCGAGUCGAUUCAGCAGCUGGGCCAGCACUUCCAGUCGGUGGACCCCGAGCUGGGCCAGGUCAGCCUGGUGCCCGACUACAGCAUGGAGUCGCACGCGCACGACCACGACGCCUUCGUCAGCGUGUCUAGCAAGAAGCAGCGCAGAGCCAAGGCGCUGCUCGACUUUGAGCGGCACGACGACGACGAGCUCGGCUUCCGCAAGAACGAUGUGAUCACGGUGCUGAGCAUGCGCGACGAGCACUGCUGGGUCGGGGAGCUGAACGGGCUGCGCGGCUGGUUCCCGGCCAAGUUCGUCGACCUGCUGGACGAGCGCAGCAAGCUGUAUAGCUCGGCCGGUGACGACAGCGUGACGGAGGGCGUGACGCACCUGGUGCGCGGUUCGCUCUGCGCCACUCUGAAGCAGAUCCUGGAGCACGGCAUGCGACGACCCAUGAUCCUCGGCAGCGUGUGCCAUCCGUGGCUCUUCAUCGAGGAGGUGGCCCACAAGGAGGUGGAGCGCGACUACAACUCGGUGUACAGCCGACUGGUCCUCUGUAAGACGUACCGGCUCGACGAGGACGGCAAGGUGCUCUCGCCCGAAGAGCUGCUGUACCGCUGCGUGGAGGCGGUGAACCUGACGCACGACAGGAUGCACGCCCAGAUGGACGUCAAGCUGCGCUCGCUCAUCUGCCUCGGCCUGAACGAGCAGGUGCUGCACCUCUGGCUGGAGGCCAUCUGCUCCAACGCGGCCGUCGUGCAGAAGUGGUACCAUCCGUGGUCCUUCAUCAGCAGUCCCGGCUGGGUGCAGGUGAAGUGUGAGCUGCGCGUGUUGGCCCAGUUCUCGUUUCGACUAAACCCGGACUGGGAACUGCCGGCUAAGAAAAACCGCCAGCAGCCGCUGCGCGAGGGCGUGCAGGACAUGCUGGUCAAGCACCACCUGUUCUCGUGGGACCUGUAGCCGCCGGUACCACCUCGGCUCGUGGGGCCUGCAGCCGCAGCCACCGAUUUUUCUCGCGGAACCUGCAACCGCCUGGCGACGCCCGUGUGACGCCCGCAGCCAGUAACCGUGACAACAGCUGGCCAGACCAGCCAGCAGCCAUGGUCUCAAAGGAUGUCUCUCGGAGGUGGCGUACUGUGGUGCCGCUCGUGCCCCUGGACCGGUUGCCCAGAGAGCGGUCAGGCCGGCCGCGGCUCGCCGAGGACAGCAGUCUGAACGUGACGGCGCGUGCGAGACAGCUGAUUGGAUGUCUUCACCAGAACCCAGAGCCAUCCGUUCCUGUGACUGCCGUUCCUGUAGCCGAUGGGAUAGGAUUGCUACUAUCGGUCACCGGCACGGCGUUACAGUCCCAGGGAGGGCAGACGGUGUUCACUGUCGGCACUGCACGAAAUGAUCUCGUCUCUCUAUCGUGUGGCAAGAUGCCGGAGGCCAAAUAGCCUGUCGAGUUGGAAUGACACGACCCAGUGAAGGGGCCUGGGCGCAAGCGACAUGCAAGGUUGAACAGGAACUGAGCUCUACUAAGCUCUGAUUCACCGGCCCGAACUCGGACCCGGACACCGACUGACCCGGAGUCACCGAUGCGAACGAUUCAGAUCGUACUCCUGUCGGUUUCUGACGGGGCGGUCAGUCACUGACAUGUGUGAACCGAUGCCAAAUAGUGUUUGUCGCCCUCCGACCUACGCCUGUCCGUGGCAUCGGAGCUGGCCCCUGCACGGCCGGCCGGCUGGCGAAGACCGCGCGGCCCGGGCUGCACGCGGCUUAUGUGUCAGUGGGCUGCGCUGUGACGCUCGCUGUCGGCACUGUGCGGUGGGAGCGCUGCCACCCUUAUAAGCUGUACUGAAGGCGGAGCUCUUCGAGAGGAGCCCGCAUGCGCAUGCGCACCGCCAUUCGCCUUCCCGUCGGCACACUGUCGCCUUUUGGCAGCUUAAACCGUUUAAACACAUUCUGUGCAGGCAGAUACACUUAGGCACCGUCAGUCAGUUUCAUUCCCGGGCUGAAGAGGGGGACCAGUUAUGCGGACCAUGUCGCGACAACGUCAUGGCAGUGAAUGAGUCUAUCUUGGACCGGCAAAGCAGGAGGCUGCCGCGGUCCGAGCGCUCCCCUCAUUAUUGUCUGUACCGGGGAGCCUUCCGAAAGCUGUUCGCGCUCACUUGUGCUGGCAGUAACCACGACCGUACUUUGCCAAAAUCAUGGCGUCCAUCAGCGACAUAUCUGCUGACAACGUGCCCUCGAAGAACACGCCUCCCGCGGCAUCCGAGUGGCAGCUGCGCCUAGCUGUUGCCGGCGUCGAUUCUGACAUCAGCUUCUAGUCUGCGGUGUGACCGGUAAUGUGCAUACCGCUGCGCAAUGUGCCAGCGAUGUCUAUCGACUUAAUGUACGUGUAUGCGACGUUUUAUGUGCCAUUGCGUAGACAUUCCAGUCCCCACACACUGGGAAUUCCAGCACAUGUUUACUAGGCAUCUAUUUUGACAAAGGUCCGUAAGUGUUAAGACGCGCCGAAGAGUGGUUACGUGCUGAGAAGUAAAUGAUGAAGGAACAACCAUGCAUUGACUGUGUUGACAACUACGAAUACAAUGUAAACUAAACUA